AGGGUCUGAUUUAGAUCUAAAAAGUUUUUAGAUUUUAUUUGUAUGUAAUUAUUAUCUAACCAUAGACUAACUGGGCUUAAAAAUUUGUCUCAAAAAUUAUAAACAAACUGUGUAAGAGAACUGCUCCGGUACUCCUCUUUUUUAUAAUUUGCACGAAUCUCAAAGCACAUGAUUAAAAUAUUUAAUUAUUUUAUUAUUUUGCAUCUGGGUCCUGCCUGGGCUCAGCCCGUCCAAGCCAAAGCCCCGGUCCAGCCCGUCCAAGCCCAUCCGGAUCACAGGGCAAACACAGGGACGGCCACUAACGGGAGAUGCAAGCGUGCACUGCAGAGCCGCCGCCGAACUCGUUUUUGACGCCAUGCCAGGCGCCGGCCCUCAACGCGUUGUGCCACCGGUGGCAGGAGGCGGCCGGCCGCGGCCUGCUGCGACACCGGCGACUGGAGGACGUUCGCCGUGCCCCGCCACGACAACAGCCGGGGGAGGCGCCGCCCCUCACCCCGUCGCGCCCCGUCGUGACUCCUGCGGCAGGACGCGUCGGUCCUCAGCCCGCCGCGUCAUUGGCCAGGGGAGGCGCUGUCCCUGACCCCAUCGUGCCAUCGGCGGCAGGACGCGGGCGUCCGCGCCCCGCAGCGAUGCCGGCCCCGGGAGGCGCCUGUCCGCGCUCCGCCGCGCCACCGAUGAACGGCGCCAUGCCGCUGGACGGAGGAGGCGUCGGCCCUCGCCCCGUCGCGCCAGCAUCUGCACCGCACGACGUGCCACAGGCUAAGGGAGUUGCCCGCUCGCGCUCGGCCGGGCCACCGGACGGGAUACGCCUAUCCACGACCCGCUCGCGCCAACGAGCCGCUGGUGUCGCUGUGAUCUGGGAGCCUCCAGGUUUGACGGCUGAUCCCCAUUCUCCCCCAAUGCCAAUUCGUUGUGGCGGCAACGGCAUGGAAGUUCGUCGCCAACUAUUGUCUGAUUUUGAGGAAUGCGAGGAUGGUCAGCGCGACGGGUGUGCCAUGGACGGUGCUGCUAGCCCCUUUGAUGAGGCCGAGGCCAUCCACGGCGGUCGAGAGGGCAUGGAAAACAGGGAUAUUGGUGAUACUGGAUGUGAGGAGAAUUUAUUCUUUGAUCUUGGGGCCGGUGAUGAUAGUAAAUCUGAGGAUGGUGAUGAUAGUAGGUUAGAUGAUGCGGACACCUCUAUGAAUACAAGUUGUCCAUUGAAAGGCAACCAUUCUGGUGGUGGCGAGGCCAACUAUGGAAAGGUGACACGUACAAGAAAAUGGAUGAGUUCUGGAGCAUAGCAAAUUAGACUUUUUCAAGUGAAGAUGAGGCAUUCAUAUUAUAUAAUAAUUAUGCAAGGGACAAGGGUUUCAGUGUUAGAAAGGAGAAAGUGAGACGUAGCGAGAAGUCAGGGGCAAUUGUGUUCAGGCGGUUUGUGUGUUGUAGAGAAGGCGAGCGAGAUGAAAAAUGGCUGGACAAGAAGGAGUACAGCCGUAGACCACGAGCCCUAACUCGAAUACUCGAUGUGAUUGCAGAGCAUUACUUGAUAUUAGACUACACAGAUCUCAUGGAGUAUGGUACGUGAAUAAUUUUGUGGAUGAGCAUAACCAUCACCUAGCUAUGCUUGAUCUGUGUCCAUGUAGGGAGCA